AUGUCACAACAAGCCGGCUACGGAUCAAUUCCUUCGGAGACCGCACCCAGCCCACCGUCCAAGUACGGGUCGAUCACCCUCGAAAACAAGGGCUCGGUGGCUAGAGAUCACAUGGCUAAUGAAAGACUGUUUCUUGCGUACCUUAGAAGUAGUCUUUCUUUUAUCACGAUCGGAAUCGGGGUGACCCAAUUGCUCCGCUUGGAGAAUGCCCAUUCUUCGUAUCUUCACACUUUGGCUAAACCUUUGGGUCUUUCUUUUAUAGUCUUGGGCAUUGCUACUCUUUUAUUCGGUGCCAACCGGUACUUCUUGGUUCAGAACAUGAUGGUCAAUAACCAGUUCCCGGCUACAAGAUUGGGGAUCAUUGUGUUGAUAGUUUCGGUGGUGUUGCUUAUCUUGAUUACUAUGGUGGUGGUGCUAGUAUCGGGUAAAGUUCACGGUUCUUUAGCUCGUGCUGGUAAAGUUAAAUCUCAAACUCCAAAAGUUGACAAACAAGAAAAGCCAAAACAACCAAAAGGUAGAGCUUACAAACGUUUAUUGUACACCAAAAGAUUUGUUAACGUUACCUUAGUUAACGGUAAGAGAAAGGCUAACUCCAACUCUGCUUAA